UCCUCAUUACCGUACGACAGUUACGUCAUUUUGUUUGGAUCGGUCUCAGGAAGAGAAAUCUGCAACAUCAGUCGGUCAAUGUUCGGUUCAGCACCCUGCGUACUGGAUACAAGACACGAAAUUAAUUACAUCUAGGAGGGCUGUGUCUGGUAAGCGUGGCAGGGGGAGUUGCUGACCUUCAUGCUGAGAGGUCACGGAGGAGAAGACCCAUGGAAGAUGGUCAGUGUGAGAGGGAGGGGCCAGUGUUGUCUGAGGGUGGGGUUGACCUCCACCGCAACCAAUCAGACCCCUCGGAACCAAAUCAGAACCAAAACCAGAACCGGACGCAGACUCAACUAGAGGAUGGUCAGAGGGUUGGACGAGACUUCAUCCAACAGAACUCUUUAAACAACAAUGUGGAGGAAGAGGAGGAGGAAGGUAGAACGGUGAAGGGAGAGGAAGACGGGGAUGAGGAUGAUGUGAUUGUGGAAGAAGAGGAGGAGGACAGCAGCGUGACUCACGGCCAAUCACCCGACACUCCUAUGACUGACUGUUCCUUCUCAGACACAGGCAGUCCGGUAGCGCUCCGGCCCACUGUGUCUCCAGAGACUACAGAUCCCAUCAGCUCCCAAGCAACAAGUCCAGACGAACCCUGCUACAGUGUCCCUGCGGGCGAGACACACACCUCUACCACAGGACCCACUAUCUCCAGUUCAGAACCUACCACCUCAAGCCCCACCUGCACCACAGGACCUACCACCUCCACCACUGGCCCCACCUGCACCACGGAACCUACCACCUCCACCACAAGUCCCACCUGCACCACAGAACCUACCACCUCCACCACAAGCCCCACCUGCACCACCGGGCCUACCACCUCCACCACAGGCCCCACCUGCACCACAGGACCCACAAUUUCCACCACAGGCCCCACCACCUCCACCACAGGCCGCACCUGCACCACAGGACCUACCAUUUCCACCCCAGGCCCCACCACAGGCCCCACCUGCACCACAGGACCCACCACCUGCACCACAGGCCCCACCACCUGCACCACAGGACCCACCUGCACCACAGGACCCACCAUUUCUACCACAGGACCUACCACCUCCACUGCAGAGCCUAUCCCUAGCCCUGCCCUCCUGGCCACCUUAAAGGAGUUAGGGGAACGGGGAGAUCACUCCCACCUGCCUCAGUACCUCCAUCAGGUAGCCGAGGCCUUUGUCCUCCAGGAAGAUUAUGAGCGAGCAGUGUGGUGUGUUCAGCUAGAGAGACUCUACCACCAGCGACUACUAAACAACCUGACAGCACUGCAGGAACAGUGGGAGAGGCGGUGCAGGGCAGACGGUCGGGGGGAGAGGAACAGUGAGACUGACCUGACUGCACAGCAGCUGGACAUACUCACACACAUCUGCACGACACACCAACGACCCAGUCCUGGAGAAGAGAAGACUGUGGACUCUGUGCUGGAGAGUCCUGUUCGUGGUGAGGACAGACUGCCUGCAUGCCGCUCAGUUCGGUUAUUUGAGUGUUUGUUGGGGAUGGAGGAGGACCAGAGAGGAACAGACUCCACCCUCUCCCAGAGCAUCAACCCAAUCAAAUCAGCCGGAGCCCUGAAGGACAGCCUCCGCUCCAAUGACUGUGCAGCUCUGGGUGUGGCACAGGACUGCAGAGACUCCCAGGGGAUUGGGAGGGCUGAAUUCACAGACUCUCGGAGCGAGGGAACGGGUCAGCAGACGGAGAGUGAGAUGGAACACACCACUCAGGAGGGUUGCACUACGCCGGACCGCCCUACGGAUGGGGAAAUGAGCCAACCCAAGCAUGAGGAGCAGCAGGGAGGAGAGGAAAAACAGGAGGAGGUGGAAGAGGCAGAGGAGGCCUUGGCAUUAGAGGAAGAGGAGAAAGAGGAGAAGAGAGAUGGUGUUGAUUGUUUAAAAGCUCCUCUAGAGGAGAUCUCAGCCUUAGCAGUGAAGGAGCAGCUCACACUGGAGGAGGCCCAGCUGCGCGAGGAGGCCCAGCUGCGCGAGGAGGCCCAGCUGCGCGAGGAGGCCCAGCUGCGCGAGGAGGCCCAGCUGCGCGAGGAGGCCCAGCUGCGCGAGGAGGCCCAGCUGCGCGAGGAGGCCCAGCUGCGCGAGGAGGCCCAGCUGCGCGAGGAGGCCCAGCUGCGUGAGGAGGAGUAUGAUAUGUUUGGAGUGGACAUGGUGGAGACUAUCAGAGACCGGGUGGCUUCUCUGGACGACCUGGCCAAACGCAUUACAGUGGAGGAGAUGACCCCUGUCCCUGGCCUUGUGUCCAUCCUAAAGAGGAGGAGUGUGUGUGUGGAGGAUGUGUGUGUGGCUCCCUUCUCGGCCCCACUCAAACACCCUGCUAAACGCAGGGUCCGUUUCAAAGUACCUGACGACGGCUUUGACCACGACGAGGUGGGCGGAGACUCCUGCCUGCUCCUCUUCCUGCUUUGCCUGGUCACCGUGGUGAUCAGCCUGGGAGGCACCGCCCUCUACUGUGCCCUGGGCGACGCCCAGUCCACUGUCUGCACCGACUUCUCCCGUAACGCUGACUUCUACCUCGCACAGCUGCAUCGUGGGAUGGAUCAGCUCCAAAACUGGCUAACCCCCGCGUCUUAGCUGACCCCCAAGAGGAGAGGAGAGGAGAAGAGAGGGGGAGGAGAAGAGAAAUAGGGGGAGGGGAGGAAGGAAAGGAGAGGGGGAGAAGAGGGGACAGAGGAGGAAAACUCCCUCGUUUUGCAGAGUGGAUACUCGCCUCUCUUUAUCUCCUGCCCUGUUUUAAUCUCUCUCUCUUUCUCUCUCUCUCUCUCUGUCAGUCUUUCUGUCUUUACUGGCUGGCCAGUUAGUGUGUUUGUGUGGCGGGAGAGAGUGAUUGAACGAUGUGUGUGUCUGUGUGGUACUGGUAGGCUGCAUCCACACUAAAAGUUCCCUAAAACAUCUGCAGUGCUGCCUGGUAGAACUAGUAGGACUGACCUAGGACCUGUAGUAUACUGGACUACCCAUAGACGUCAAAUGUACACUACUGGACAUGGACUGACUCGAAGUCAGCCCAGCGGAAUGAAUAAUAUUCAUUACCACUGACCUUGAACCUGCUCACUACUACAUGGACCUGUCCUCUGGGUCCUUCAGGCAUGGACAGAACUGCUCACCUGCGCAGACAGGAAGUGCUUGUGUAGCCAUUUCAGAAACCGGCACAGCUCUUUGUUUACUGCCGCCAUUUUUAAUCUCAUCUACACCUCAAAAAUAUGAACAAUUCUGCUGUGGUCAGAAACAUUAAAUAAUGUCUUUAAAAUAA